AUGCCUAGGUACGCCAUGUUCACACUUAAGGGUGUGAUCAAGUAUCUUCUUCCCAUGUCAUUGAAACGUCUAGCAGCAUAUCAAUCGAUGAUCUUCUCAGCAUGA